CAACCAGACGCAUCGCAACCUCCCCACACCAGAACAAAAUACCUAUACACUGCAAAAGAAUCCAUCCUCCCACUUACUAAGCUAUCACAUCAACGACAACGACAGCCAUAAAAAAAUGCAGAUCGUCAAAGUCCUCGCCAUCUUGACUCUGGCAGCAACCUCCAAUGCCGGUCCCGUCGCCUACGGCAUCUGUCAAGCCGGGUGUGCUGCCGUUGUGACGGCUUGUUAUGCAGCUGGGGGCGCCACUUGGGGAGCAACCGCAGGGGCUACAGCUGGUCCAACAAUUAUAGGUUGCAACUCGGCUUUCGGGUCAUGCCAAGCAGCCUGCUGGGCUGCUGCUACGUUCCCUUGCCCUUAAGCCUUCGAGAUUCUGAUGCCUAUACGCUAUGAACGCUUGCAGACAUCUUUACCAAGGGAAGCUUGGCUAGGUUUGCAUAUUUGAGUCUGGGGUUGCGUGGGGGAAAUUGUAGGCAUGGAUUAUGGUGUUUUGCAAUAACUACGGGGAGAAAGGGGAUAAUUGGGUAGGGGUAGGGGCAUCGUAUCAACGCAAGGAAAAGAAUUCAUUCUGCAGUUUGGCUCACUAGCUACCUAGCGACCAUUACCGUGCUUGGACGUACACAUAUGGGAUACCUACCAGGCACUAGCUUAGGUAUUUACUUUGAGCGCCGGGCUGCAUCGUUAAAAUAAUUACUUAUGUCCGCUAUAUCAAUCCUCUCGGGGCAAAGGAGGGAUUAUAUAUGCUAGUGUUUUUCAUUUACUCUGUAAAUUUCUUUAUUAUUUCCC